AUGAACUCCCUGGAGCAGGCAGAGGCCCCACGAGUGGUCUUCCUAAUACCUCAUACGGUUGCUGGAAUCUUGCAGAGAUCGAAUCUCAAGGCUUUUGAGAGAAGACUUACUGAAUAUAUUCAUUGUUUGCAACCUGCCACAGGACGUUGGAGAAUGCUGCUUAUAGUGGUAUCUGUCUGUACAGCUACUGGUGCCUGGAACUGGUUAAUAGAUCCUGAAACACAAAAGGUGUCUUUUUUCACUUCUCUGUGGAAUCAUCCUUUUUUCACCAUUAGCUGUAUUACUCUGAUAGGUCUGUUUUUUGCUGGAAUACAUAAAAGAGUAGUUGCACCAUCUAUUAUAGCUGCUCGAUGUCGAACUGUAUUAGCAGAAUACAAUAUGUCUUGUGAUGAUACAGGAAAACUGAUCUUGAAACCUAGACCUCAUGUUCAGUGA